UUCCUCAGCUGCCGUAGUGCUAAAGGAAAAUGUAAACAUAGUGUGGCAACGCUCAAAGUUUUAUCUUAAGUAUUAGUAAGUUUCUGAGCAUUUAUGAAUCAUACGAGUUAUGGAGGUCUUUCAGGGCUGUGCCGAAUCACUGACCAUCUUUAUUUAAGUAACAACAAAGCGGCUAAUGACUCCUCGCUGGUGACGGCUAAUGGAAUAACCUGCAUCAUCAGUGUUACUGAGACCAGAAGCAGCUGUCCUCCUCCUCCAGGGGUGGAGUACAUCCACCUCCCGGUCUCGGACACUCCUCUGUCUCCCCUCAGAGACCACUUCGGUGAGGUGGCAGAUAAAAUACGGAGUACAGCAGAGGGCGGAGGCCGUGUGUUGGUGCACUGUAACGCCGGGGUGAGCCGCUCCGCCGCCCUGUGUAUGGCCUACCUGAUGAAGCACAGCGGCGUGACGCUGCUGGAGGCCCACGGGUGGGUAAAGAGCUGUCGCCCCAUAGCGAGGCCGAAUCCCGGCUUCUGGAAACAGCUCGUCCAGUACGAGGCGGAGCUGCGUGGGUGUAACUCUGUCCGGAUGGAGUCGUCCUCCAUUGGAGAGAUACCUGACAUUUACUCAGAGGAGGCCAGGAACAUGGUGUUUCUGUGAAGAGGCGUUCAAGUGCAGUGGAACAAACCGGUGCUGUCGACCAGUGGCAUUUUAAACGUGACAUUUUGUUUUUGUUAAAGAGAUACAGAAUUCAAUUCCUGUUUAUUAAUAGAUUUUGAGAGGGGUUUGAAAUGGCUUCAAUGUGUAAAGAUCCAGUUACUGUUUAUUUAAAAUAAAAUACUCUUGCAGAAGUCUUUAACAUGCCAACAAAGGGACCAAAGCUUAAAUCACAAUGUAUUUUGUAGUAAACAGAAACACAUGUUCCACAUGAUUUAUUUGACAUCACAUGAACACCUGGACAGGGGCCCAGUUGUGAUAGACGAAGAAGAAUUAUUACAACAAAGAAAUGACAAACUAAACACAAAUUUUCUAUCUAAACAUGUAUUCAGAUGAGUGCAUUUGAUAUUUUAGGAUGUUUGUGUUUAUUAAACUGAUGCUUUACUGACCUGA